AUGACGCAUAAGAUUGCUCAGGUUCUUGUAGUCAUCUUUGGACUUGCUUCAGCUCUUGCAGCAAGACUGCCAAGAGAACUUUACUCUCCUCUUGUUAGCAAGAAAUUCUUUACAAUGGCAACCAACUUCUCCCUUUCCUCACCAGGAUAUCCUCAAUACACCGACAGCAUUGAAGGAGAUUGGCAAUACUUUACUGCCAACCAAUGGACGGCGGGCUUCUUCCCCGCUGCUUUGUACCAACUAAACCUUCGGCAAUAUCUAUGUUCGCCGUAUUCGUUCGACCAGUCGGUUGAUUGGUUGGGUCUAGGAAGACAGUGGAGCGAAGGGGUAUUACCAUUUCUCAAGGACAAUACUUGGCAACAUGAUGUUGGGUUUGUUAGCUAUCCGUUUCAGGAGGAAUUACGGUUGGAUUCACGGAAUGACUUUGUAAUCGACGUUGUCAACACAUUAGCGAAUCAGCUUGCAUCGCGCUUCAGCCCUAUUGUGGGAUGUACGAGGAGCUGGGAUACGACCGAUCCGACCGACUUCCAGGUCAUAAUCGACAAUAUGAUGAACCUUGAGCUCUUGUUCAUUUCGGCCGAGUUGACAGGAAAUGAUACCCUUCGAGACAUUGCUAUAAGUCACGCCGAUAAAACGAUGGUAAACCAUAUUCGACCAGAUGGAUCCUCCUUUCAUGUUGUGGAGUACAACUCAACAACAGGAGAGGUUAUUCGAAGGCGCACAGCACAAGGAUAUGCCGACAACAGCACCUGGACCCGCGGGCAAGCAUGGGGAAUAUACGGUUUUGCAGCAAUGUAUAAGAAUACUGGUCUUGAACGAUACUUGGAGACCUCAAGACGUAUGGCAGUGUUCUUUAAGAACUCAAUGCCCACAGACGGUAUUGUCCCAUGGGACUUUGACGCGCCAACUGUGCCACCACCCCGUCCAGCAGAUAGUUCAGCAGCGACUAUAGCUGCAACUGGAUUGCUUCUCCUCUCACGCAUUGAAGAAGACCUGGGCAAUUGGGAAGGGGCCCGGGCAUGGACAGAUUUCGCCAUAUCGCUCUUGGAUAACAUCACGAAGCUAGCUUGGCGUCCCGAUUGGCAGAGCGUCCUUGCCAACGGUACCGUCAAUGGGCAUGCAUCCCCGCCAAACCAAGAUACAGGCACUGUAUAUGGUGAUUACUUCUUCGUAAAGGCAGGAAACGAUUUGAUCACUAUGGGUCUCGCAGAAUGUUGA